AUGGCCGACUCCAAGCCCGAUAUCGCGACCAUCGUCCCGGUCGAGGACUUUGAGCCCACCAAGACGGUCGAGGUGCUCAAGCAUGACGCCAAGAUUGCCACCGAGAAGGAAAAGAACAUGACCCUUCUCGAGGGCAUCAAGCUGUACCCCAAGGCCGUCGCUUGGAGUGUUGCCAUUUCCACCUGCAUCGUCAUGGAAGGCUACCAAACCUGUCUGCUGUCCAAUUUCUACGCCUUCCCGGAAUUCAACAGAAAGUUCGGCGAGCUGCUUCCCAGUGGCGAAUAUCAGGUUCCCGCUGCGUGGCAGGCCGGUCUCAGCAACGGUGUCUACGUGGGUGAAAUCAUCGGUCUGAUGAUCAACGGGUGGGCCUCCGACAAGUUUGGUUACCGCUGGACCCUCAUCAUCUCGCUGUUUCUCCUCACCGGUUUCAUCACCAUUUUCUUCACUGCUCAGUCCGUCGUCGCCCUCCAGGUUGGCGAGAUUUUGGCCGGUGUCCCGUGGGGCGUCUUUCAGACACUCACCAUUACCUAUGCCUCCGAAGUCGUGCCCGUUGCCCUGCGUGGUUACCUGACUACCUACGUCAAUAUUUGCUGGGGUUUCGGCCAGCUGAUUGGCGUGGGAGUCAUCAAGUCCAUGCUACCCCGGACCGACGAGUGGUCCUUCCGCAUCCCCUACGCUUUGCAGUGGAUGUGGCCCGUUCCUCUCAUUGUCAUCAUCUUCCUUGCUCCUGAGUCUCCCUGGUGGCUUGUCCGCAAGGGCAGGGUCGCAGAGGCCAAGAGGAGCCUCAUCCGCCUCACCAGCCUCAACCGCGACACCGAUUUCGACGCUGAUGAGACCAUUGCCAUGAUGACCCACACCACUGCUUUGGAGAGCGAGACGACUGCAGGCGCCACCUACAUGGACUGCUUCAAGGGGCCCGACAGACGCCGUACCGAGAUCAUUUGCAUGGUUUGGGCCAUGCAGAAUCUUUCUGGAAACGCCUUCUCCUCGUAUUCGACCUACUUCCUUCAGCAGGCCGGGCUCCCGACCUCCACUUCUUACUCUUUCGCUUUAGGCCAGUAUGCCAUCAACGUCGCAGGCACCGUCGUCGCAUGGUUCCUUAUGGCUAGGGGCAUUGGUCGCCGUUCGUUGUACCUCUGGGGUUUGGUUGGACUGUGCCUCAUGCUUUUCGCCAUGGGAUGUCUCGGCUUCGUCCCUGAGGCUCACCGCGAAGCAGCUGCUCUGGCUACCGGAGCCACGAUGAUCUGCUGGGCAAUGGUAUACCAGUGCUCCGUCGGAAGUGUUGCCUACUCCCUGGUCUCCGAAAUUUCCAGCCGUCGUCUACAGGUCAAGACCGUUGUGUUGGGCAGGAACCUCUACAACGUUGUUGGUAUCAUCUGCGGUGUCCUUUCCCCGUACAUGCUCAACCCUGGCGCGUGGGACUGGGGCAACUACACCGGCUUCUUUUGGGCAGGCAUCUGCUUCUGCUGCAUCAUCUACACUUAUUUCCGUCUUCCGGAGCCCUCAGGACGCUCGUUCGCCGAGUUGGACCUUUUGUUCGAGAAGGGCGUCGGCGCGCGCAAGUUCGCCACCACCGAGAUCAACGUCUUCGAGACGACGAUUCACUCAAGCGUUGUGGAUGCGUAUGACCAGCAGAUUGACCCUCUGCACCAUAGCCACGAGAAGGAUCAGAAGAGCGGCGUUGCAGUGGACAUGAAGGCACUUUGA